GGCCAAUGCUGAGGUGUGUUACAACCAUCUGUCAGCUGUGCCUGGGUUGAAUCCCAUCAAACCAAGUGGAGCCAUGUACAUGAUGAUUGGUAUAGAUAUUGAGCACUUCCCAGGUAUAACUGAUGAUAUGGCAUUUGCUGAAAUGAUGGUCACAGAACAGUCAGUUUUCUGUUUGCCAGGAAAGUGUUUCCAAUAUCCAAACUACUUCCGAGUUGUGUUAUCAGUCCCAGAGGAACAGAUGGUGACAGCAUGCCAGAGAAUAAAAGACUUCUGCAGGGACCAUUACAAGGGACCAAGUGAAAAUAACAGCACAGCAGUCAAGAACAGUAAUGGAGACAGGAACAUAAAUGCAAACAACAACAGCAAUGCAGACAGCAGCAGUAGCAUCCUGUACAGUAUCCCUGAGCAUGACGAGAUCCAUGAGGAGAAGUAAAUGCUUCACCAACUGAAGCUUUUAUCUUUAUCAUUUUAGCACAAUCCAAUUAUUUACAGCCAGGUCAUAAGAAAACCGAGCAUAUAAGACAUGAUUGUACUUAUUAAUAUUAUAAGAACUGUCUUAUAUCUUGGUACCAAAAUGUAAGAAGUGCUGUCACUUGUGGUUCAGUGAUGAGAGAAAUGGUUGGAUUGGAAUGCCUUUCUCAUAUCUACAAAAUUUAAAGUAGAUUCAAUAUAUGUAGAUAAAACAAGCUUUUCACUUAGCCAGACUUCCUUCAAUCUAUUGGACACUCCUGUCUGUUAGAUUGUUGUAUCAUGCUGGGUUCAUGGUAAUUUGAGGUAAAUGUUUAUUCAGCUAAUGUAAAAAACAAAAACAAAAACAGUUUCAGAUGUACAUUUUACAUACAUAUACAUUAGCUGAAUAAAUAAUAAUA